CACACGGGAACGGGACCAUGGUCACUCCCCUCGUCAAGCAUAAGAUCGUCAAGAAGCGAACCGCUAAGUUCAAGCGGUUCCAGAGCGACCGCAAGGUCACCGUCAAGGAGUCUUGGAGGAAGCCCCGUGGUAUUGAUGGCCGCUUCAGGCGCAAGUUCAAGGGUCUUCCCCCUCACCCCAACGUCGGCUACGGGUCCAACAAGAAGACCAAGCACCUGCUCCCCAACGGCUUCUACAAGUUCGUCGUCCACAACGUCGCCGACCUUGACCUUCUCAUGAUGCACAACAGGAAAUACUGCGCUGAGGUUGCCCACAACGUCUCCACUCUGAACCGCAAGGCGAUCGUGGAGCGUGCGCAGCAGCUCAACGUGAACGUGAUCAACAAGUCGGCCAAGCUCAGGAGCGAGGAGGAUGAGUAAAUGGCGCGCACGUCGGCUUUGGGGGUUUGCUCUUGUAGUGCUUUGUGCCGAGGGGAUGGGUAUCCGCCUCGGCAAGGGUUUAGCGCGCUGUUUAUCGUUGUGAUGAUAACCGCGUAAA